AUGAAUAAUCAUAGUACUUAAUUUGAGAUUUUACCAAAACUGAUUACUAAUCAAAACAAAUUACUAGAUCCGAUGUAUAUAAGAAAUACUUAAUAACGCUAAUCUUAGUAUCUAAAUAUAUAUAAUAGCUUUAGAAAUGAAUCUAAAAUCCUGCCUAACAUAUAAAGGAGAUCUAUGAUGGAAGGUAAUUCUAAGUAAAUUGUUGUUUAAAGUAUUAAUAUGAAUCCAUUUAAAAGGAUUCAUGUAUAGUUUUGAUUAUAAUACUCGAAAUUUUGGAACAACUUGUGAUAGAGGCUUUUAAGGAUUAUCUAGUUAUCAUUUAUCAUAAAAAUUUGGACAUUUAGGUACUAAAUUACAGCCUUUGGAGAAGAAAAUUGUAGCUGAAUUAACUGAUGGAGAAGAUGUUGAAGAAAUCAAAAAAGAUGAUAGAUUGUUUUUUAAGAAAAUAUACAAAUAUAAUUAAAUGCCUGUUUUGGCAUUGAUAAAAUCUUUUGAGAUUGAUUGGAUUAAAGAAAAGGAUUCUUAAGUAAAUAGAAAGCUAUCAAAAAGUCUAAUCUUAAAUUUUUAAACUACCCUUUCUAUAUUGAAUACCCAUCAUGAUUUCAUAGAUUUUUUUAUGAAAAAUUUAUAAUUGUUAGAAUUGAAUACAGUUGCUUUAAAACAUAAAGGAUUACAUAAUUUAAAAACUAAAGUGAAUAAAUUUUCUACAGAAGAAUUUUCAGGUUCUUAAUUAAUAAUAUCCAAUCAAACUGGACAAGGAUAUUUUAAGAUUCAUUUCCCAAUUAUAGAAAUAUACUUCUAAGAAUACUAAUAUGUCUAAACUAUUAAUUUAUCACCUAAUAAGUUAUAUGAAUUAGUUAAUAAUAAUUUUUUCUAAGUAGCUGAUAUUAUUCUAGAAAUAAAAGUUGAUUUUUCUUUACUCAAAUAAAAAUUAAUUUAAGAUACAUAAAAUCAAAUUAAAGUAGAAUAAACAAUUGAUGAGAAAGUAGAGCUUCAAAUUGAAAAAUAAGAUUAGCUUUAAAUUCCUCCAAUAAUAGAAUCCUAAUAAAAGGUUACAGUUACAAAACCAUAAAAUCCAAAUUUUGCAAUAAUUAUAAGUGAAAGUAUUAUUAUACUAAAAAAUUAGAAAAAAGCGAAUUUCCAGAAAAGAUUUUAAGUAAAAGAUUGAUUAAAUGUGUUGUCUAAAAAGAUGAUAAAAACUUCUUUUGUGUAGAUUUUUUACCAUUUUAAUUUAUAAUCAAAGAAAAAGUUUCAUAAAAAACUAUAAAAAUGUAUUCUCCAAGCUUUCAAGAAUUUAAUGAAUUUCUAACUUAAUUAGGAUAAAAAAAUGUUAAAUAAGUAAUAGAUGAAUGUUUAAUUACUAAAUUUGAUCUUUAACCAGAAGACUUUGAUUACAAAGAGUUUAAAAAAGGGACUAAAAUCUAUUUAAGUUUUUCAACAGUUUCAGAAUUAAAUUUAGAAAUAAUUGAAGAACAUAUUAAUAAUGGUUUAUUAUAAGUUUUUGUAAAAGAAAUAGAAGUUAAUAAUAAAGAUUUACAAAUAAUUAUGGAGUAAUGAAAAAUAUUAAUAUAAUAGACCAUGUACAUUUGGAAUAUAUAAUUAAUUAACUUGUGUUACUGAGAAGAGGAAUUGCACAUCAAAAGAGCUAACGAGUAUAUUAUAGAAAAAAUAUUAAGUAAAAUUUUAACUUUAAUGA